CAAGUCUGUCAAAAUUGAAAUUUUUGUGUGCACCACAAAGGCGACUGGCUAGAUUUCGUCAAUGAAAACAAUCGGUUGUUCGAUUUGCGGAUGCUAGGAAACCGUUUUGAAUAUGGAACUUGGAUUCUAACAGAGUAUAAAGCACACAUCGGGAAAGCUGUAAAUGCUUAUGCUUCGCAUCUUGCAAAAGCCUUCUGAAAGAGUGGAAGGUUUUCCAAAGCUUCGAAAAAGUAAAAGCAAGCACUGAAGACUUCAAACAUGGCGACGCCAAAGCAGUUCCAUUGGAUCAUGAGCGUUCCAGUCGGUGUUAUCAUCAGCAUUUUUGGUCUGAUCGGUAACGCAAUUUCAAUCAUUAUCUGGAAAAGGAUCCUCAAGAAAAAUUUUGGGAGGAACAAAUCAACAGCCAUUUACCUCAUUGCAUUAGCUAUGGCUGACAGUGGUCUGUUGAUAUUUUUUCUUCUUGACGACACACUUCCCAAAAUCUUUCCUUCUCUGUUAAGCUCGAUCUCCUAUUGUUACUUUCACUGCUACGUUGGUUUUCCAUUCUUUUUCUAUUUCAUUGCGUCAAGUAUCUGGCUUGUGGUCUGCGUCACUUUCAACAGGUUUAUAAUGGUUAAUUUUCCUGUGAAGGCUAAAGACUUUUGCUCUCCUUCUCGCGCAUAUCUUGGUAUAAGCAUCACUCUUGCCUUCUGCUUCUUUGUAAACAUUCCACAUUUUCUUAACUUUGAGCCUAGUAAUACUGAUGGAAAUGACACUGAGUGCUUCAAGCCCUCUAAGUACGGAAGCUCAAAGGGUGCUGUCAACUACGAGUUUUGGGUCCACUGCAUUUUCCUCGUCCUGGCUCCCUGGGCUUCAAUAGCCUUUUUCAAUGGAGGCAUCAUUCGAGCACUGCAAAAGAGAGCUGAGCAAGCCUCAAAGAAAUUUUCAAAAUCACGUGAUAGCAAAGAGCACGACCAACAAAUGACCCGAAUGCUCCUGGCCGUUACAUUUACAUUCCUUGUACUACUUGCCUGGCAAUGCAUCACCCAGUGUUUCUUUAUGCUUGGCUACAAUGGAAGAAAAGGCGAGAAAUGGGAUCACGUAGACAAGGCAUUUGCCUUCGCAAAACUUGGUGUCAUCAUCAACUCCUCUGUCAACUUCCUUUUGUACAACCUUAGUGGCUCGAUGUUUCGGAAGGAGCUGCUCACGAUCUUUGGCAGAUCACCAAGCAACAAAUAUCUGUCAGGAUCUUCGGCAAGUGGAGGGACGAAAAUUACAAAUGAAUCUAUCAGCGCUUCCGAGUCACAAAUGUAAAAGGAGAAGAACUCAACUGCUGCAACUAUAAUCAAUCACAUGUUUUUUUGUGGAGCAUAGAGUAUUAGGGUUAUACUUCGCAAUAUACUAGACUGCGAUUUGUCAUUUUUUCAUGUAAUAGCUUUAUGUUACUUUCAGUAUAUUAUUGGAAUACAUAGUUUAGAGGGGCUAUCUUAUUAUAAUUUAUGGUUUACAGUAGAGAUUCGAACGCACUUUUAUAGCCAGUCUGUAAAAGAUCUUGAUGUGGCAAAUAAUAAUUAAAUUUUCGUCGAA